UCGCUUCGGAAAUCGCUCUAUGUGCCCUUAUGGUGGUGAUUGUCGACAGAUUCACCAUCGAGCACCCGUUCCUGCUCAGCGACAACCGCCACUAUCCGUUUUAUGUCUGGAAGAACGUCUACCGGCGCCACUGGGCAGUCAGGUAUGCGCUGACGCCGCUGUACGCCUACGCCAUGUGGGCCAUGUACCAGUGCGCCAAGCGUCGCCAGUCCACACUCUGGCUUUUGGCACUCGCUGCCUGCACUAUGGCUGUGCUGGUGCCCUCGCCGCUGCUCGAGUUUCGGUACUUCACUGUGCCGUACUUUUUCUUCCGCCUCAACUGCUCCCCGCCAGGCACAAGGGGCACUGUGCUCGAGCUGGCGUGGUUCGCAGCGAUCAAUGCGCUGACUGUCUGGGUGUUCCUGAACAAGCCAUUUACGUGGGACUCGGAGCCUGGUCGGCUCCAGCGGUUUAUGUGGUAGAAUUAAAUGUUCAUUUGAGUUUAUACAUUCCGCCUGUUUGCUCCAGCCUGUCCUCGCGC